AUGUCCGCGCAGAAGCUAACUUCCCUUGCUCUCACGUUUUACGGAUGGUGGUACUCAGCCGUUGACGACGCAUUCGACCUGAACACUCUCGCCGCCUUCGUCUCCUCCUCUCCGACAUUGCGCUCCUUGAGCAUAUGUUCCCUAGACGUCCCGGCCAUCCCUCAAGCCGAUCCCUCAUCCCCCAUCACAUCGCUGAAGCAACUGUCGCUCAUCUGCCUUCCUGACGUUACCGCCGCGCUCAUCAACCUCUGCGACACCCUCAACACGUGUGCUGUCGAGCUGGCGGGGCCUUCCGCGCCGCUUUUCGACAUCCCGGCAGCAGGUGGAACGCUCGUCCACCUUGCGGAGCUUCACGUCCUCUCCUGCAUCGACAUUCCGGCGGGGACAGUCAUGCGCGUGGGUGAAGUUGGGUUGAUAUCGUUGGGCGGCACCAUCACCCCCUUGUCCGGCAUCGACGACGUGCGGCCGCUCGUCCCUCUUCUUCAGUCGGCCCGGCCCAUCGCCGUGGAGGUAUUCUCAGCAGGCGAGUUGACGGACGGGGAACAAAUGUGGCACGGACUGUUUCAAGGCGCCCCUCGCCUACGCUACUUGGAGAUCACCGUGACAGAUGGGGAUUGCAACAUCGCCGAUUACAAGGCGAUGCUGCUGGCUGCGCUCAGGUGUACAGCCAUCAGCUACCUUAAUCUCUAUUGUCUUCCAGGAUGUGGACCACUCCCGGUGGAUAUGCUCUGGGGUGAUGUUACGCCUGAAGAGGAGGAGUCUCACCGCGAAGCCGAGAGGGUUUUCGCCGAGGGGCUGGCGUCAAUCCCGUACGAGUUAGCCGCGGGUCUGCCGGCGCUGCGGGUCAUCGCGAUGUCUCACAGCCGAGCGAUUGAGGCCCGGGUCGCGGAAAACGAGAUGUGGAACGGCGGAUGGGGCGACGGGGAACGAGUCAACCUAUCAUGGCCCGACUCACGUUUAUCUCGCGAAUCGGCGAAGGGAACGCGGGUCGAUCGGUGGUGGCGGGUCGAGGUGGACGGCUCGAACCGCAGGCCCGUCGAGAUCUCGCGGGAAGAGGCCGAGGUUAUGCGCGAGGAGAUCCAGAGGGCAGACUUCGACAUUGCGACGACGCUGAAGGCUGCCAAAUUAGCUGCCGGCCGUCUGCUUCAGGCGCUGCGCUGA